UCCAUUGAUCCGGGGCAGCAGUUCACCUGGGAGAACUCCAACCUGGAGGUGAAUAAACCGAAAAACCGCUAUGCAAACGUGAUCGCCUAUGACCACUCACGUGUCAUCCUGACCUCCAUUGAUGGGGUCCCAGGCAGCGAUUACAUCAAUGCCAAUUACAUUGAUGGGUAUCGGAAGCAGAACGCCUACAUCGCCACGCAGGGACCUCUGCCAGAAACCCUCAGCGACUUCUGGAGGAUGGUGUGGGAACAGAGAACAGCAACUAUAGUCAUGAUGACCAGGCUGGAGGAGAAGUCCAGGGUCAAGUGUGACCAGUACUGGCCGAGCCGGGGUACGGAAACCUAUGGGAUGAUCCAGGUGACCCUGCUGGACACAGUCGAGCUGGCAACCUACACUGUCCGCACCUUUGCACUGUACAAGAAUGGCUCCAGUGAGAAGCGAGAGCUGCGACAGUUCCAGUUCAUGGCUUGGCCCGAUCACGGGGUCCCAGAAUACCCCACCCCGAUCCUAGCUUUCCUGCGACGGGUCAAGGCCUGUAACCCACCGGAUGCUGGGCCCAUGGUUGUCCAUUGCAGUGCCGGCGUGGGCCGAACUGGUUGCUUCAUUGUCAUUGAUGCCAUGCUGGAGCGGAUGAAGCAUGAGAAGACCGUGGACAUCUAUGGCCACGUGACGUGCAUGCGCUCUCAGCGCAACUACAUGGUGCAGACAGAGGACCAGUACAUCUUCAUCCACGAGGCCUUGCUGGAGGCAGCCGCGUGUGGCAAUACCGAGGUGCCUGCACGCAACCUCUUUGCUCACAUCCAGAAGCUGACCCAGGUGCCGCCAGGCGAGAGCGUUACUGCGAUGGAACUGGAAUUCAAGCUGCUGGCCAACUCUAAAGCACAUACCUCACGUUUCAUCAGUGCCAACCUCCCAUGCAACAAAUUCAAGAACCGCCUUGUGAACAUCAUGCCAUACGAGCUGACGAGAGUCUGUCUGCAGCCCAUCCGGGGUGUCGAGGGCUCCGAUUACAUCAAUGCCAGCUUCAUAGAUGGGUACAG